GUGUUCUAUUUAUUUUCUGUUUCAAUGUUUUGCGGUAUUUUCGAUAUAAUUUCAUGAUAUCAAUCGAAAUAAUUAUCUAUUUGAAAAUAUUCGUUUGUUGUAGUGCAGUCAUUUCGUUCAGUUAGUUUUUAUGUCAAACUUAUAUUUCCUCAUCGAUUCACUUCUCUUUUUAUGAAGCUAGUACUCUAGCUACUUCCAGAAGUAGAUACACUCUCGCACCAAAAUGUGUUCUGAUAUGGUUUCAUCGUCUGAAGUUAGCAGUAUUAAUGACUUAAAAGUUCUUAAAUAUGGUAUAUAUUCGUGUUCUAGCUUCCUUCCGUCAUUCAGCCCCGAAAACAUUCUCGAAGACAAUAAUGCUGAUCAAGGAUCUCGCUGGUCUUCUGAAACUAAUAACCCUCCUCAGUUCAUCAUGCUAAAGCUAGAAAAAAUGGCAAUAGUUAAAUCCAUUACAUUCGGAAAGUAUGAAAAAACUCACGUUUGUAAUUUAAAGAAAUUCAAAAUCUAUGGUGGAAUCACCGAUAAUACUCAAAUCGAGCUACUAGACAGUGGCUUGAAUAAUGAUAGCAUGCCGGAAACAUUCGUCUUAAGACAUACCUUAGGAGAUUACCCGUUCCCUUGUCGUUAUAUUAAGAUAGUUCCUUUGCAGUCGUGGGGUGCCACGUUCAAUUUUAGUAUAUGGUUCGUCGAAUUGAAAGGAUUAGAUGAUUUUAAUGAAAUAGAAAAGGCAAUAGAUUGGUUUCAUUCGUAUCGAGAAAGAGAAGUUGUGCGUUUGUGUAUGAAACAUUUCCGCUUGCUCAAUUACCAAAAUGUGUUUAACGAAUUGAAAAACAUCACUCAAGUGAAAUUAGAGGAUCCUUUACUAUCAGAAUUAUUCGAUACUUUGGUACUAAAAGGUGACUUUGAUGCUUCCGAAUUGUUCAUCGAAAAUGCCAUUACAGAUGGUUAUUUAAAUUCGUACAUUACGAAACAAGAAUAUCAUCCGUCGUGGAAAAUGGUUAAAAAUGAUGAAACGAGACCCGGUAUGAGAGGUGGCCAUCAAAUGGUCAUCGAUUCGUUAUCUGAAACUAUAUUUUUGUUCGGUGGAUGGGACGGACAUCAAGAUUUAUCCGAUUUGUGGUCUUACCACAUUCCUAGUAACAAAUGGAAAUUAUUAAGCAGCGAUGUUGAAGCUGAGGGAGGACCAAGUCCAAGAUCCUGCCAUAAAAUGGUAUGCAAUCCUCAAAGAAGAGAGAUUUUUGUUUUAGGAAGAUAUCUGAAUGGACUGUAUCGAACUGCGUAUAAUUUAAAGAGUGAUUUUUAUGUCUACAACAUCGAAAGCAAUCGCUGGACGUUGAUUAGUGAAAAUACCAGUCUAGUUGGUGGACCAUCAUUGAUAUUCGAUCAUCAAAUGUGUAUGGAUGUAGCUAAAUCUACCAUCUAUGUUUUCGGUGGUAGAAUUUUAACCCCUACGACAUGUUGUAGCUCGGCCGAGGAAAGAUCUCCGAACGAUCUCGGCCCACCUCCGCAAGAACCUCAAUUUUCUGGUCUCUAUUCGUAUCAUAUUUUGACCAACACUUGGAAAUGUUUGAGUGAAAGAAAUGAAAAUCAAGACGUCAACUCUAACAUGCUUUUGAAACCUCGUAUCGGACAUUGCAUGCUUUUCCACCCGCAAUACAGAAAGUUGUAUAUUUUCAACGGGCAACAUAAUAAAGAACAUUUGACCGAUUUUCUAUCGUACAAUGUUGACACGGAGCAUGUUGAAAUGAUAUCUGAUUUCAUCAAACAAGAUGUAUCUGAACUUCCUCCUCUUGGAUAUGCCCAAAGAGCGUCAAUUGACUCGGAUCUUGACGAAAUCUAUGUUCUUUCGGGUCUGAGCAAAGAUAAAGAACGACGAGAAGAAGACAGGGCUCAGAAUUCAUUUUGGGUUUAUUCUUUGAAGAAGUACAAGUGGACUUGUGUAUACAAGAAUGAAAAUGUCGGAGAACAGUAUUGGAGUAGAAUGCAAUAUAUCGAACCUUGUCCAAGAUACGCUCAUCAAAUGGUGUACGAUGAAAAGAAAAAGAUGCAUUUCUUAUUCGGUGGUAAUCCUGGGCGAAUGUGUUUGCCAAAAGUAAGACUGGAUGAUUUUUGGUCUUUGCAAUUAUGUCGCACCAGUCAUCAGGAAAUGUUGCAACGUUGUAAAUUAUUAAUCAGAAAAUGCCGGUUUCAAGAAUUAAUUCAAACCGAUAAAUUACAAGCUUUGGAAUUUUUGCAAUCUGGAUUCUCUCAUUUGAUAGGUUCGAAUCUCGAACAAGAAGAACAAAUCCAAUCAAUGGCUUCUUUAUUGUUUUCCGAAAAGCAAUCGAAAUCUGGCAAGCAAUCAUUGGAAGACGAUAAACAUAAACACGUCAACCGUUGCGAAUUAUUUGAAAAGCUGUCAAGUUUUUUCCCCGAAUCGAUGACUCAGCCAAAAAAAGAUCUAGUUGAUAUGAUACCCCUAUGAUAUAGUAUCCGCUUGCUAUUAUGUUUAGUAUUUUUUCUAGUCAGAACAAAUUUAUUUUGCUUUUACGAAUUAUUCUGUUUGUUUUCUUUUAUUGUUGGCUAUUUUUAUUCACUAUUUUGUUGUCUGUUAGGGAUGAUUUUUUAUGUGAAACAUACGAAUUUAUGACUAGAGCUCGGUAUAAUAUGUAUGGGCGUAUUUUUUUCUAAAUGUACAAUUUCGAAAGUACUAAAUAGUUUUACGUUUCAGAAAUAUCCCUGAAUUUUGGGCCCUACUUCAUUUUGCAUAUUUUAGUGAUAUGUUUUUCACCAUACAAUGCAUAUUUGGGUCAUUUUUUUACAUAUUAUACCGAGCUCUAUUUAUGAACGACCAUUGAAGUUGAACGAUAGUGAGUAAUAUUGUUCCGAAUGUAUUUUACAGUUUUGACAAAAAUCUCGUGUCGUUAUCGAAAAACAAACACGGUGUCUUUCUGAUGGUAUUUUGUAGAAAAUGUUUUCUGGAUAUCUUGUAUUUCAUAUCGUUGUUUCCUAUUUCUAAUUGGCUUCAUCUACUUUAUGUGUGUUUAUUUGAAAGAAAAAGUUGAUGUGAGGAUGUUAUCUUGCUGUUUGUGUUUUUAAUAAAAUAUGAACUUUCAAGCUUAGGAAUAAUUUUUAUGUUUUUAGUAAGUAUUCGAUGAUUCUCAUUUAGCGAGUGAAGUAUUUUGUAUUCAUUGUGUUUGUAUAGUUUUAAAAUAUCUGUAAAACGUAUACGUUCGAAUGAUUAAACUUUUCUCAUAAUCGAA